CAACAAUGACAACGUGCCAAAAUUGCCAAACGCUAAUUCCACGCCUAUCCGUCCGCCGCGGCAUCGUUACUGAAGUACUGCCGUUCAUUCUGUUUGCUUUCACGUUCUAGUGGAAUGGCUGUCUCCUUACUGAGGAAGAACCUGACAAGCAUCAUACAGAGGACGUCGACGUCUUUCUGUGUUGCUCUGCAGUCACAUGGAGCCUUGGGCUGUCGCAGAUUUGACACCUUUUCAGAACAGGCCGACAGUAUAUUUGAAAAAGUACGCGAAACUCGCAGAAAAGCGGAGACAGGGGACUUCGAGGUACCGAAACUGUUCCUUGUUGAGCGGAUCGCUUCGGAGUAUGGAGUGCCGCAUUAUGAAAAAGAUAUUCUCAAGAUUCUCCAGCUGCUGCCCAGCAAGGAGGACAAGAAGAACAGGAUCAGACGGCCGGUGGGGUCACGGACAGUUGUGAAGAACACUCCGUUCAUGUGCAAGAUGCUGUGGAGGGUGAAGCAUCUCAUCCGUGUCAGUCCCAUCACGUUUCCAGACGGGGAACCGACUUUAGAGCACUGUGGAUACACCCACCUGGACCGGGACGGAAUGUUCCGGAUCAUACCAAAACUCCAGGUCGAUCAAAACAGGCUGCUAAAUCCACCCGAGUACGAGAAGACAAAGCUCGAAGGUGAACACAUAAGAAAGGUGCUGCACCGGAAGUGGAUGAACAGCCUAUGAAAGAGCUAGUGCCAAGCCAUGAAGACGACUGUUGUAAGACAACUGUGUGCUGGAGCAAGUUAGAUGGAGCAGAAUGAAGCACAGAAAUGUGGGUCGGAAUAUAAUGUUUUAGUAAACUCUGAUGUGGUUGACUGA